UUCUUGUUAGCAGUUCACUUUGGAUAGCCUCUGCGCCAAUUAGAUGUUUCCAAUACAGGUGAUCCUCUCUUGAAGAUGUCACCGCCAAUAGAUGGGUUGUUGGUGCCCUACAAAAUUGCACUCUCACUAGACCUGAAAUUGCUUUCACAGUGAAACCAACUUCGUCAAUUUUUUCAAUCUCCUGCCAUAGCUUAUUGGUUUGCUACCAAGCGAGUCCUACACUACCUUAAGAGCUCUCUACAUUAUGGCUUGUUUUUUGGCAAGGGCUGUUUCCAUCUCAAUGCCUUCUGUGAUUUAGAUUGGGCUGGUUCCAUUGAUAAUAGACAAUCCGCUACAGGUUUUGCCAUCUUCCAUGGCUAUCGUAAUUGCUGAAUUAUAUUGGCUUCGCAUGCUACUGCGUGACCUCCAUAUCCACCUUUCCUCUCUCCUUGUGCUGUGGUACUGUGAUAAUCUUGGAGCUUUAUCCCUUGAACAAACCCAACUUUUCAUGUUAGCUAGGACUAAACAUAUUGAAGUGGACUAUCACUUCAUUCGUGAGAAAGUCCCCCACAGAUAUGUUUCAUUUCCAGUACUCAUGCUCAGUUAGCAGAUGUGUUCGCUGAAGGGUUGACUUCGUCUCAGUUUGUUUGUCUUGCUUCGAUCCAAACUCAUGCUUUGUGAAUUCCCAUGUAUUUGAGGGGAAUGUGUCUUAUCCAAAUCAAUUACACCUGCUUGCUAACUCAGUUUCCUGCACUACUUCAAAUUCUUCCCUACAAAAACUACAACAUGAUAACACUUCUGCGUUAUGUGAAAGUUUAAAUUCCAUAGAAGUUGUAUACAUUAGUUGUGAUAAGGAUCAUUCAUAAACAUCAUCUGUAUACGUUUAAAUUUCAUACUAUGUUAUAACUCUUACAGUCGUCGCCAAAAACCAGCCGAAUAAGACUGUUGCAUGAAAUACCACCAAUCGAACACCCGCUCAAAUCCUCCGGCCACCAAAAAAAAAAAAAAUCCCCUCCGUCUGGAGAAUGGGGCCUCGCCCACGAAAGAAGUGGAGCAUCUACACCCGACCCGAUAUAAUCACCAAAUACGAAGUCUUGGAGCGCGUUGGCUUCGGCGCGUACUCUGACGUCUACAGAGCCCGCCGGCUAUCCGAUAACCUCGUCGUCGCUCUCAAGGAGGUCCACGACUACCAGUCUGCUUUCCGCGAAAUCGAGGCCCUAGAGAUCCUGCAUAAUUCACCAAACGUCGUCGUUCUUCACGAGUACCUCUGGUGGGAGGAUGGGAACGAAGACGUGGUCCUUGUAUUGGAGUACCUAAGGACGGACUUGGCAACGGUGGUCAGGGAGGCAGAGAGAGACGGCCGUGGAAUUGGGAUCGGCGAGUUGAAGAGGUGGAUGGUUCAGAUUCUCUGCGGAGUGGAUGCCUGUCACAGGAACGGGAUCGUGCAUCGGGAUUUAAAACCCGGUAAUUUGUUGGUAUCGGACGAUGGGGUGCUCAAGAUCGCGGAUUUUGGGCAGGCGAGGAUACUCCUGGAACCUGGAUAUGCAGCUGCCUACAACGACCCACAACUUUACGAACAGAACUUUGAAAAUCUGGAAAAUACCUUGGACAAUUCAUCUGAAAUGCACAUUAGUUCAUCUUGUCUUGCUACAUGCUCGAGAAGCGACGUAGAGGAUGAUAGACAAGGUUGUUUCACAUCCUUGGCCGGUACUCGUGGGUUCAUGGCUCCUGAACUAUUCUAUGGAUCGACAGACUAUGGUUUAGAGAUUGAUCUGUGGUCAUUGGGUUGCAUAUUUGCGGAGCUUUUUACUCUGGAGCCCCUUUUUCCUGUUACUGCUCAUAUUGAUCAGCUCACCAGAAUUUGUAGCGUCUUGGGAAACUUGACUGAGGACGUCUGGCCAGCUUGUUCUAAAUUUCAUGCCUACAAAAAGAUUUCAAUCAAUAAGGUAGCAAAUCCAAUUGGCUUGGAAGCGUGCCUGGCCAACCGCUCCCACGAAGAAAUCUCUCUGGUCAAAAGACUUGUCUGCUAUGACCCGGCUAGGAGAGCCACGGCAAUGGAACUGCUCCGUGACAUGUAUUUCAGGGAUCAAGAGCCUCCUCCUCCUCCUCCUCAGGUUCCCUUAUCUGACUUAUGAUUUCCUUCAACCAGAAGUGGGCAAAUGGGACUCUCCUGAUAGAUAGAAGAUAUUUACAACUAUAAACUGUGCAACUAUCACAUAAUUAUUUUGUGCAAUCAUG